AUGGGGUCUCUGAUGGGGGGGUACUAUCGUGUCUGGUGGAGGAGAUGUGGGGGUUGUCUGGGGCUGACAGUAACGUCUCCUCCUUGCCUUCUCCCUCCCCCGCCCCUGCCUGCAGACUCGAUCCCCUUGCGCCGCAGCGUCUGCUCCCCCAUCUUCCUGUGGAGCCUGAUCCCCAUGGGCAUGACCCAGCUGCGCGUCAUCUUCUACAUGGCAGCGAUGAACAAGAUGCUGGAGUUCCAGGUGACGGGCGGCAGCCCGGACGUGCCGGAGGAGCUGAUGGAGAAGGCUGAGGACACAGUUGGGUUCUACGCCUCCAUCUUCGGGGUCAUGCAGCUGCUCUGCCUCGUAACCUGCCCCUUCAUCGGCUACGUGAUGGACUGGCGCAUGAAGGACUGUGUGGACGGGCCGCUGGGCACGGGCGCCACCGUGGCAGCUGGGGCCGGGGCUGAGAAGUCACCUGCUAGGCCCCGUUACCGCAAGAUCCAGAAGCUCACCAACGCCAUCCGGGCCUUCACCUUCACCAACCUGCUGCUGAUGGGCUUCGGGGUCACCUGCCUCAUCAGUAACCUACCUCUGCAGUUUUUGACCUUUGUCCUUCACACCUUGGUACGAGGCUUUUUCCACUCCGCCUGCGGAGGUCUCUAUGCCGCUGUGUACCCGUCCAGUCACUUCGGCACGCUAACUGGCCUGCAGUCGCUGAUCAGCGCCAUCUUUGCUCUGCUGCAGCAGCCGCUCUUCAUGGUCAUGGUGGGGCCCCUGGCCGGCGACCCCUUCUGGGUCAAUUUUGGCCUCCUGAUCUUCUCUCUCCUGGGCUUCCUGCUGCCCUUCUACCUCUGCUACUUCCGGCGCGCCCUGCUCCGGGAUCAGCCGGCGCUGGGAGAGAGCCCGGACCUGGCUGAGGGCGCCCAAGUCAAACUCCAGGACGGCGUGGCCCUCAAUGGCAUGCUGAGUGCUGACGACACUGCGGCAUAGGGGGGGCUGGAGAAGGGGGGGGGGAGAGCGUGGGUGACAUAGAACAAAAUGCCAGAUCCGCUCAUCAGACGAUUGCCGAACAGAUGGGAUGAGACACUAAGAGCAGGAAAAAGAAACACUUGUAGGUUUCAAUACGCGGGAGCCAUGGAAAUAACCGAGCUGCAUCGAAUUUCUAAUAGUUUUUUUAUAUAUAUCGAGAGAGAGAGAGAGAGAGAGCUAUAUAUUUUUGCAGGGAACUUUAUAAAGCUCUAUGCUGUAAAUAACUAACCAAAGAUCGGGGUGCGCUCCUAAGCCCCAAGUCAGGACGCGCCCUUCCCAUAAAGAUCUGCUGGUGCCGGAUCAGGGCAUUCAGGAUAAUCAUUUCUAGCACUUACCUAGCCACUUUCAUCUGUCAAACUGUGGUGGGUGAGUAUCAGAAUUCCCCCCCACACACACCAUGUUCUAGAUGGGGAAACUGCCUAGCUGCUGAGUCCUGGGUUUGAAUCGUAACUUCCCCCUCCCUGCCCUGCCUGACUGAGCCUUCGCCUAUCAGCUAACAUGGAGGGGUCAAACUUUCCUCACCCUGCUAGGACGUCCCUCGUUGGCCCAUGCUGGGUUGUCGAUAAAGUUUCCUUUAAAACAAAUGAAAGGAAGUGUUUCUCCACACUGUCAGCCUAGUGGAACUCUUUGCCGGAGGAUGUUGUGAAGGCCAAGACUAACGGGGGUUAAAAAAAGAACUAGAUAAGUUUAU